AUGAGCGACCGGUUACCAUAUGUUGGCGAGCUGACGGCAGCACAGGUCGUCGCUGGGAUUUUUCUCGUAUGGCUGCUCGUCCACCACUUAAGCGCAAAGAACCUCCGCCAUAUCCCAACCGAAGGCGGACCUUCUUUGCCAAUCCUAUCUUUCAUCGGGCUUCGCAACUUCCUUACUCGUGGAAGAGAGAUCUUGCAGCGGGGUUAUCAGAAGCACAAGGGCAGAACUUUCAAGGUCGCUAUUGUGGAUCGCUGGCUUGUUGUGCUCUCCGGUAAGAAGUUGGUCGAUGAGCUGCAGAAGAUGCCGGACGACACAGUGUCAUCUGCUACAACAGAGCUUUUCGAGCAGCAUCAUGUAUUCGACUCAAACUGGCACAGAGACCCCGUUCAUGUGCCGGUACUGCGAAGUCUCACGCGCAAUCUCACAUUGGUGUUCAAAGACAUGUUUGACGAGCUCAGCAUAGCCUUCCAGGAGUACAUUCCUGCGAACAGCGAUCGCUGGCUUACAGUCCAUGCUAAGCCUGUCAUGAGCACAAUCGUCGCACGUGCUGCAAAUCGCGUAUUUGUCGGCAUGCCCGUUUGCCGGGACAGUGGCUAUGUACACAUGAUGGUGCACUUCGAAGAGGACGUAAGCAAAGCCGUGGGGCUUCUCACAAUGUUACCCGGCUUUAUGAAGCGCAUCGCCGGCAGGAACCUCACGAACAUCGACAAACGCGUUCAACAGUGCCUCGAUUACCUGCGGCCGGCCAUUGACGACCGGAUGACCAUGAUGACCAGGUUUGGGAAGGACUGGGCAGACAAGCCGAAUGAUUUGUUGCAGUGGAUUAUCGACGAAGUCGUAGCUCGCGAUCAAGGGCCAGAAGAGGUCGCGCGCAUAGUGCUGUUCAUCAACUCUGGGGCUAUUGGAACGACCUCGGCUGCCAUACUCCAAGCCUUGUACGACAUUUCUAUGCGUCCCGAGUUUGCCAACACGCUCCGGGAAGAGGUUGAGGCCGUUGUGGCUGAAGAAGGCUGGACGAAAGCUGCCACAAACAAGAUGCGCAAGCUAGACAGCUUCCUGCGCGAAUGCGAGCGACACAAUAGCCCGACCGUCGUGUCGAUGUUCCGCAAUAUCCUGCAACCGGUGACGCUCUCGGAUGGGACGUUCCUUCCCAAGGGUGCGACGGUCGUCACGCCGACGUUUGCGACACACUUCGAUGAGGAGAACUAUCCGAACGCGACCCUGUUCGACCCGCUCCGGUCUUACAAGAGCGAUAAGUCUGUGCAGCCGCAGCUGAUCACCACGUCCGCGGACUACGUAACGUUUGGGCAUGGCAAGCACGCUUGCCCUGGCCGAUUUUUCGCCUCCAACGAGCUUAAAGCUAUGCUAGCAUAUAUCGUCGUAAACUACGACGUCAAACCCGAGUACGAGGGCGUCCGCCCCAAAAACUUGCAGAGGGGCCUGGGCAAUGACCCGAACGAUACCGCACGGGUGCUGUUCAGGAGGAGGCAGGUCGAUUAGAAGAUGUAGGAGCGCUCCAUGCAUUGUGGCACGAAGUCGCCGAUUUGGGACGGCGCUAGAAAUGUUCAAUUUCUCGCUAUUUUCCGAGUCAGCUGUAAGUUAACGUUGACAACGGAGUGUUACAAUAGUUACUUCCAUCCUCCAUGGAUAAUCGUUAUUUCCAGCCGGCAAACAGACCACCUGCAUGCUGCCGUGUACCUUGGGUCCCAUCUUGCGGAGACUGAAU